AUGCACAUAGAAGUACAUCCAUAGAAUAGUAACUACCGUUAGAAUUAAGCUGGUUUACAAAGUAGAAGAGAGAAUUCUUCUAAAUUAUCCUAGCAUUUAUCACCUAUAAUUCCUAUUUGUUUAAAGUAGAGCACAAAUAGGGAGAAUGAAAUACCUCAAGAAUUUGAUGGAGAGAAAAGCAUCUACAAGAGUUUUAUAGAUGAGUAUUACAGUGUGAGAUCUAAUUUUCCAAACUCUCCUUCAGUCAAAUUUCAAAAGAAGAAAAUAUUUGAUGAUAUUUAGAUUCCAUCUCAAAAGACAAGUCAAAUAGCUACAAGAUAAAUCUUAAAUGAGAAGUCUUAAACCAAUAAUUAAGAGAUCUAUCACACCUAUUAAUAGAUCUCAGAAAGAGAUGCCACAUUAAUACAAUAGCAUCCCUAUUUUGAAAAUUAAAUAAAAUCACUCUAAAUUGAUACACAGCAAUAAUUUAAAUUAGAAUGUCUGAAAGAUUCAAAUAAGGAGAAUUUAAUUGUAUUUAAAAACAAACAAAUACUCAUAACACUUAAGAGAGUGAAUUUAAAUAAGAACAUAUUGAAUUGUGAAUUAACAUUUUAAAACAUUGGCACUGCUCCAAUUUCUGUCUUAGAUGUACUGUAUUCAAAUGAUCAAACAUUAAGAUUAUCUAAAGAGAACGAUUGCAUAAAAUCAUUAACUCCAGGAUAUGGUCAAAUGAGUACUCUUACUGUUGAAAUCGUAAAUGUCCCUUUUACAAUAGUGAGCGUGUCUCUAGAGUACAACAAUCAAUUCUUUAAAACUUAUUUACCCAUUACAAUCUUAAAUUUUAUUUAGGAUUAUUAAACUACUCAAUCUCGUUGUUUCAAUAAUCACAACCAUUAUAAUAAGCUGGUCAUCAGUAAAAAGAAUUGGAGUAUUGAGAGUAAAAUAAUAAUUGGCAAUAUCCUAAAUUCAGAAGUUGAAAUAAGAGUAGAGAACCAGAAUAAUUAGCUCGCAUUGUAUUGCCAAAGCGACUUAGAACAAUUAAAUUGGUAAAUUUUAAAUACACUUUAUGUUUUAUUUGACUUAUGA